GCAAGAAGAAGAAGAAAAAGGAAUUCCCCAGGCAUCAUUCUCUUCGUCGUCAAUUGAUUUCCAGCGGAAGGUUUCUUUUCUCGCCUUUCCAGGAUUUCCAUCUUCAUCCGAAUUUUCAUUCAAGAAAAUUUGAGGAAAGUUUCCUUUUUUCGUCCGGGAUCUAUGGCGUCCAAAACAGGUAUCUUUCACUCGAAAUUAGGUAUGAAACGUUAGAAUACAUCUUAAUCGGUUAGACCCGUUCCUUCUCUGCAACGGCCAAACUCAGGGAGCAGCCGGAGAGCUUUCGCUGGACGGAAGAAGUUGUUCGAUCCAGGGCUCGAAUUUUACUACUUUCGCAUCGGAAAUCAACUCGAUCUAAAUCUGGUAUUCUUCACAUAUAUCCGAUUUUCUACGGAGGAUUGAUAUUGAGCCAAAGAAAAGAUAAAUGGGUUUUGGCAAAAGAAGCGAGAACACGGCGAAAAGAUAUUCUUCAGCAGAGAGCGCAGAACGAGGUUGAGAGAUCGUCAUCAAUGUCAGAAUCUAGAGCAUCGUCAAAAAUAGAUACGCUGGGGGAUCUGACAAAUGUGAUAGCACCGCACCAAGGGCAUUCGUCAAUUUGUAUUUCAAGAACACCAGAGAACAAUGAUGUAACAACUUCGGCACAAUUACAAAUGCAUAAAAGACAGAGAGUCAGUGAUCUCUCUUCUAUAUCACAUAUCAUUGAUUUCACCGAAGAUGUUGGUGAACAAUAUACUUUUGAUCAAACCAAUGCUGGAGAUUCACUAAUUCGUAAUACUGCAACUGCAUAUUCGGAAGUUAUAGAUGGUCAAGCAUCGUCGUUGUGCGUAACAAUGUCACCGGUUAAAAUCAAGAAAAAAAUAAAUCCAAUACUGGAUAUGACGAACGGUAUUCAAAGUCAAGGAAUUGAGAAAUGGGAUAUGACAAAAUAUGAAAGAGAACGAGAAAAAGCUAUACUCUGACGAAGAAGGGUGCAGAAUGAUGGAACGGGUUCAUCAUCAAUGUCACUGUCCAAAUCAACAACGAAAAGAUUUCUGUUGGGGGAUGUCACAAAUGUGUUAGCUUCACACAAAGUUCAAUCAUCAAUGAGUACUUCAAGCACAAUAAAGUACAAUGAUGUGGAAAAUUCAGUACAACUACAAAGGCAUAAUCUUGAACGAAACAUUGAUUUAGCUUCUAUAUCAUGUGCCAUAGAUUUCAAUGAAGUUGGGCAAAGUCAAGUAAACGAGAUAUGGGCUUUGGCAAAAAAAUGCAAGAGCACGACGAAAAGAUAUACUUCGACAAAGAAGAGUGCACAAUGGUUUAAACGGUUCGUCAUCAAUAUCACAGCCCAGAUCAACAACAAAAGGAAAUCCAUUGGUGGAUGUCACACAUGUUAGGAUCACACGAAGGUCAAACAUCAAUUAGUACUUUAAGCAAUAAAAGUACAAUGAUGCAACUACGUCGGCACAAAUACGGAUGCAUAAUUUUCAAAGAAAGAUUAAUCUAUCUUCUGUAUCACGUGCCAUUGAUUUCAAUGAAGGUAUUAGUCCAACCGUCAUCAUUAUGUAUGUAUUACUAUGUCUCUAUCAUGCACUCUACGUAUAUGCAUGUAAUAAAUACCUACACAUAAUUAUUUCCUAGACAUCUCUAUUUGUGUUAAAUUUUUGUUGGCAUCGCGCCAAGUACGAUCAUUCAUUCAAAAUAGUUCAACGAGACUUGAGUACAAUUCUACAAGAACUUCAACACACUUUGAGUCGCGUGUUAGACAAAGAAUCAAUGAUUUUCCGAAUAUAAUGCAUUGCAGAGAUCUCAAUGAAGGUUUCAAUGGCCUAUUUCUUUAUAGAAUUAGUGGCAAAUUCUUCAUGUGAGCAGACAAACUCAGAAGAGUUCUCAAUUGAUAAUCCUCUAUUUGUAAUAGCAGAAAUGAAAGAAAUAAUUGGCAUGAUUUUGGUGACCCAGCGUGCAAGUCUGCAUUUUGUGAAGCUUUGUUACGGUAUGAGGAAAGGGCCGAAAAGUCUAGAGUCAAAAUCUAGAGUUCUCUAUUUGUUGUAUGAAAGGAAAAGUACAACUCCCUCUUCUAAAAAGACCACCAGGUUGAUGCAAGAAUUCUCAUUUUAUGACAAAUAUAAGACAAUACAAUUGUAUGUUUUCAUUCACGUUAUUUGAUGGAAAAAUACAAAAGUCUCAAUUGAUAAUCCUCUAUUUGUAAUAGCAGAAAUGAAAGGUACUUAUAGAC